CUUUCACCGCCUCUCACCCUCUCCGUCUCUCUCGUCUGCCAGUCCUCUCUCUCUCUCUCUCUCUCUCUCUCUCUCUCUCUCUCUGGUCGUUCCUCUCCUCCGCUGCGCUGUACUCCAGAAGACCUCGACAAUGGAUUUACUGCAAACACAGUCCUGUUGUAAAUGAUCAGUUUGGUUUGGUUCUUCUUUCUUGGCUGAUGCGUCUUUGUUGAGUCGAGAUGAUGGCAUCAAUAGGGGAAUUUGACCCUCUCAACACCAGAGUCCCUGCAACUAAAAUAGAAGUUACCGUAUCAUGCAGGAGUCUCCUGGAUGUGGACACGUUCUCCAAGUCUGAUCCUGUGGUCGUCCUGUAUUUGCAGGCGGUGGGAAACAAAGAGUGGAGGGAGUUUGGCCGGACAGAGGUAAUAGACAACACUCGCAAUCCAGAUUUCGUGAGGAAGUUUGUACUGGAUUUCUUGUUUGAAGAGAAACAAAAUAUAAGGUUUGAUGUGUACAAUGUGGAUUCGAGAAGCUGCAACAUUUCCAAAUACGACUUUCUGGGUCAGACCUUCUGUACCCUUGGAGAAAUCAUCGGCUCCGCAGGAGGACGACAGGAGAGGACCCUCUCGUAA